AUGUGCGGCGCGGCGGAGUGUCUGCGACCGUGGCUCGACGACCGAUGUCACUGUGACGCGUGCCUCGGCCUCGAAAAACGCGAGUGUAGUUCGCCUCGCAUGCGCGCUCGCAAAGCCUCGAACCCGACCUGCGAGUCCUUCUACGCCUCCAAGUGCCUGAAGCAGCAGUUCCACAGGGCGGAGGCCACGGCCGCCGAGCCGCUCGAGAAAUCGAGAAACGCCCUCAGCCGCGCUGGCACGCAAAAGACGGACCUCCUCCUCACCUCGAGCUUGACAAAGAUCAGUACUGGCGAGGGGUUGGACAGUGCAGCAACACUCGGCAAACAAGACUUGAAAACACUCGAAACGCAUCAAGGGACUGCCGACCUGAAGAAACAACAAAGCGCGCAAAGCCUGAGGCGGGAGAAAACAGAGACGGAGAGCGAUGUCGAGGCCUCAGCGCGCAGCCGCAGCAACAGGCGGUCGCAGAAGCCUGUUGAGCUUCUAUUCCGCCCUCACUGCAAAACUUGCGGAGUAGACGAGUGCCUGCGCCCAGAACUCGACGACCGUUGCCACUGCCACGCAUGCGUUGGCCUUCGCGACGGAGAGUGUGACUCGCCGCGAAUGAAGACACGUCGGGCUUCGCAGCCCUCUUGCGAGGGCUUCUACGCCUCCAAGUGCUUGCAGCACGAAGCUACGAAGAAAUCGAGAACCAAGUCGAGCUCUCGCCUCGCCAAGAACCCGUCGGUCGAACUUCUCGAAAGGGUCAGAUUUGCUGUGACGGAUGCAUGUGAAGUAGAGCAGCAUGCUCCCAAGAUUGUUAGACGCGCCACUGCGUACCCUGAGAAGCGCGCGAACAAGCAAGAGUGA